CUUACUUGUAUACGUUAAAUUUGCUCUUGGUAACACACGGCCAAAGGAUUCUAUUCCCUCAUAGCCUAUCAUCUUGUCCCCACAUACACCCUCAUUGUUACAAAUCCCCAUCGACUGAACUCUCUGAAUGACAAUUAAAUGGCGCUGCCUAUCAUGAUUACCAUAUAGUAUGACAAGACCCAUGGCACUCAAAGAUCGAAAUGAGAUCUUGAUUUAAAACUGUCCGAAUGGAUCCCCCUUCUCCGCUUGCGAUGGACGACACGCAACUCGGUCUUUGCUUUAAUAACUGUUAGUGCGGAUAGUGGAUUCCUCUCAUUAAAUUCUGGCCAGGGCUGAGGCUGAAAUGUGUGGCAUGAGUGGCUUGACGGCAUCAUAAAAGAGUAAAGGAUCAACAUGGUGUCCAAAUUUCACAUCCACGAAUGGAUCCUGAUUUAUGGAACGUUGCUGGUAAUUUGCAUGAUCGGGAUCCAGAAAACAAAAAAGGAACACCACAAAGUAGGGCUACGUACGUAUUCACAUGAAGAAGGCAACUGUAUGGCUUUUUGUUUUGGUGGAGUAAAGAUGCAGAGAAAUUUUUUUAAUGGAUGGGCCAGUGCCAGAUCCGCAUCCGUUCGCUCUUAUCAAGCAACGCCCCAAAAGCCUAUAUUCCAUGUAGUGCAGAAACCUACACUCGAGGAUAACCUAUUCUUUUCUGUCUGAAUCUAGACCCAUCCAUGUCGUGGAUCCAAAGACCCUGUUGCAACUCUUGGUCCGAUAGGCAAUACUUGCAGACCCCAGUACACUGGUCAUUUUAAUUUAACAAUUAUGCACAACGCUUAUUAGCCAAGAGAUGGGGAAAUUGCAACCGAGGCGAGGUAUAAAAUUCAAUACCCACUCUAUAACGGUAAUUUCGGCAAGAUCCCAACUUCUCCGAGCCCCGGAAGCAUGCAAGGGUCCAUAUGAUGACCAUGGGCUUCCUAUGUGCCUUGCACCGUCAUCUGAUAGUUCCGAAGAAUCGUGCAUGCUGAUCGUGCGUAUGGGUGGAAAAUUAAGCGGUCAUGCACGAACCCCCUGUCUUGUUUCGUCGUGAGUCAACAUAAGUCCUGAACAAUUCUUUUCGAUCGGUCUAGUU